AUGCCUCGAGUACAGAAAUCAGUGAAGCAAAGGCAUGACCCUCUCUACACGCAGCUAGAUGUCGAUGAUACACAAGCGAAAUAUGGUCGCGUAUCACAACCGGGGAAACGCACGAAGCGGCAACAAUCCUCGGGUGAUGAAGAGAGCACAGAGGUAGUUCUUGACCCAAAGACGUCGAGGAGAAUCUUCGAGCUCGCUAGAGAUCAACAAGACGAAGUUGAUAUGCCCGAGGAUGAGGAUGAGCCUCGACAUGAAGAUGAACGCGAGAACUUCAAGCCCAGAGUACAAAUCAUGGACGGUCAUGAUGAGGAGAGCGACGAUGAUGACAUGAGUGAUAAUGGUGACGUAGAAGAUAUGUUUCAAUUGGAUUCUGGAGAUAUCCAAGCGUUGGAUACACUACUACCAUCUAAUUCUGGUGAACGUCGAACGUUAGCAGAUAUCAUUUUUGCUAAAUUGGAGAGUGGGGAGACCAAUGGUGUCAAUGUCAUGCAAAAGGUGCAGCAGGAUCAAGAACACCCUGAUCCAGCACUCGGUCUCGAUCCUAGAUUGGUAGAAUCUUAUUCAAAACUCGCGAUCUUCUUGCACGGGUAUAAGUCGGGGCCACUACCAAAAUUCUUCAAAGUUAUUCCCUCGCUCCCAGCAUGGGCAAGAGUAUUAGCGCUCACUCGUCCUGAAAAUUGGAGCCCCCACGCAUGUAGAGCAGCAACACGAAUUUUCGUGUCCACGAUGAAGCCUGCUCAGGCUCAAUUAUUUCUUUCCGUCGUUCUCUUGGAUGCAAUACGGGAGGAUAUACAAAGCAAUAAAAAGCUCAAUGUGCAAUAUUAUGAAUGCCUGAAGCGUGCAUUAUUCAAACCCGCGGCAUUUUUCAAGGGUAUUGUAUUUCCGAUGUUGGAGAACGGCUGUAGCCUCAGGGAGGCCGCUAUCAUUGCUUCUGUCGUUGCCAAGAAAAAAGUGCCUGUCUUGCAUUCAGCAGCAGCUCUACUUCGAAUAGCAAACAUGGAUUAUACAGGGCCAAAUUCUCUGUUUAUUCGCGUCCUGAUUGAUAAAAAGUACCAACUUCCAUACAAAGUUGUUGAUGCCCUGGUGUUCCAUUUCAUUCGUCUUUCCAACACUUACAAGGCUCGUGGACGUGGUGACGCCCAAACACUCCCUGUGCUAUGGCAUCAAAGUCUGUUAGCUUUCUGCCAGAGAUACUCGCCAGAUCUCACCCCUGACCAAAAAGACGCUCUGCUGGACGUUAUUCGCGUUAACCCGCAUUUACAGAUUGGCGCUGAAGUGAGAAGAGAGCUGGUUAACUCAGUAGCUCGAGGAGAACCUCGACCAGAUGUCGCUCAAGACGUAGACAUGUCAUGA